AUGGAUACAGACCGCGUCCAAAAAAGAAAAGAAGGCAGAAAAGAAAACAAACGAGGAGAAGCAGCACAGGAGGAAAAGAAAGAGAAGAAGAAGCCCUUCACUGUAAGAGACUUUAUUAUAUCCAAAUACGGCGUUCCUCUGCUAAAGAAGCUGGAAGAGCCCUUCCAGAGGAAAAACAAAAGACAUCUAGAGGGCGGAGAUAUGCACGCUUUGCACAGGUACAUGCGGGCACUUGUGCGGCUGUACACUACAUGGUCCCAGUCAUCACCACUCUGCGGGAAUAAGAGAAAUCGGCCAUACACCCUUCUAAAAGAAAUAGAAGUAGCAAUUAAAACACAGAAAGAGCAGCCUUCUGAAGAAAGCAAAAAGCUUGAGACAGACAAGCCCUCUGCAUCAGUACCAGAGGAGAAGAAGACAGCUGGUAGAUACUCUGAGAGUGUAGAUAGCCUCUUUGAAAAUACUCUAUACGACACCCAGUCUUUCUCUCUAAUGGGCAUGUCGCAGACCGACACAGAUGCACAGCAGCUCAACCUGGAAAGCAUGUCGGAUAUCUCGGAGAUCUCUGAAGAAUCCUCUGCUGAUAUAACAGCAACUAGAAAGCGUGCUAGAAAAACAGAUAGAUAG